UCAACUUAAAUACGGAGUGUCAACAGUGAACAGAUAUCAGUUUCAAACAGCAGAACUAACAAGCACACACAGCAUCGUUCAAAAACAUAAAAAAAUAAAAUGGCAGUUAAGAUGAUCAUUUUCGCCGCCUGUGUGGCCACCACAUUCGCACAAUACUCUGCCCCAGCUUACCCAGCGCAAAACGCCGAAGCAGAACACGCGUACGCCCCAAUUCCGUACAACUUCGAAUACAGCGUAAACGACCCACACACUUAUGACGUGCAUAGCCAAUCCGAAUACAGCGACGGAAACGGUUACGUCAAGGGAACUUACAGCCUUUUGGAAGCCGACGGUUCCACUCGCGUCGUCGAAUACACCGCCGAUGACCACAGUGGUUUCAACGCCGAAGUCAAGAAAAUCGAAGGAAACGGCCAAGGUUACUCAGCACCCGCACACUCUGCACCAGCUCACUCUGCACCAGCUUACUCUGCACCAGCUUACUCAGCACCCACACACUCUGCACCAGCUUACUCUGCACCAGCCUACAAGCCAGCUUACUCCGCACCCGCAUACCCUGCACCAGCUCACUCUGCACCAGCUUACACAGCACCCGCACACUCUGCACCAGCUUACUCAGCGCCCGCACACUCUACACCAGCUCACUCUGCAUCCGCCUACUCCACUCCAGCCUACAAACCAGCAUACUCCGCACCCGCAUACCCUGCACCAGCUCACUCUGCACCAGCUUACACAGCACCCGCUCACUCUGCACCAGCUUACUCUGCACCAGCUUACUCAGCACCCACUCACUCUGCACCAGCUUACUCCACUCCAGCCUACAAGCCAGCUUACUCCGCACCCGCAUACCCUGCACCAGCUCACUCUGCACCAGCUUACUCAGCACCAGCUUACACAGCACCCGCACACUCUGCACCAGCUUACUCAGCGCCCGCACACUCUGCACCAGCUCACUCUGCAUCCGCCUACUCCACUCCAGCCUACAAACCAGCAUACUCCGACGGUUCUACCCACGUCAUCGAAUACACCGAUGAUGACCACAGCGAUUUCAACGCCGAAGUCAAGGAAAUUGAAGGACAUAGUCACGGUUACAGUGCACCAGCCUACAAAUCCACGCCGGCUUCAUACGCUGCAAACACUUAUGCCUUAGCUGUCCAUGCUACAAGAGUGUUUCCAAUACAUAGAUCAAAGUGCAAACAACACAGUUCAACAACACCAAAAAAACAAUCAACAAUAAAAAUGGCCGUCAAGAUGAUCAUUUUCGCAACCUGCGUGGCAGCUGCCCUCGCCGAAUACGCCGCCCCAGCUUACCCAGCACACCAUGCUUAUGCCGCUGAACACUCGGCCCCGACCCCAUACAACUUCGAAUACAGCGUGAACGACCCACACUCAUACGACGUCAAGAGCCAAUCUGAAUACAGCGACGGACACGGCAACGUCAAGGGAUCGUACAGCCUUCUGGAAGCCGACGGUUCCACCCGCGUCGUCGAAUACACCGCCGACGACCACAGCGGUUUCAACGCCGAAGUCAAGAAAAUCGAAGGGCAUAGCCACGGUUACAGCGCACCAGCCUACAAAUCCGCCCCAGCCUACAAAUCCGCCCCAGCUUACAAAUCCGCACCGGCCUCAUACGCUGGACACUCUUACGCCGCCCCGGCCGCAUACGCUGGACACUCUUACGCCGCCCCGGCCGCAUACGCUGGACACUCUUACGCCGCCCCAGCUCACUCUUAUGCCGCCCCAGCACACUCUUACGCCGCCCCAGCUCACUCUUACUCUGCUCCAGCUCACUCUUAUCGUUUAGUAAGAUUAGUGUUUCUAAGUGCUCAAGUGAUUCAAUAA